UACAUUUCAACUUCAAGGAAAGGCCGAAGUAGCCGCAUCUAUCAAAGAUUUUUCAAAUUAUGAGCAACUUAAAGACUUUCUAAAGACUCAGUUUAGCCAAAGGAAACAUUAUUCGCAUUUAAUUACCGACUUACAAGAAUGCAAACAGUUAACGACAGAAAGUGUUAUUCAAUUCUCGACCCGUAUAGAGUCAACAUUGACUCAAUUACUUACAGAAAUUUCUAUGAACCCCACUAAGAAAUCAGAAAUUCCUGGCAGAACAGCCGCCAUGGAAGACCUGGCGUUACACCAUUUCCUGAUGGGACUUCAUCCCCGUAUAUCCAACAUUGUCCGAUGUAAGUCACCAAGGACACUCAAUGAAGCAAUAGGUUUCGCAAUUUCUGAAGAAAAGAUUCAACAGACUUUAUAUAGGAAAACAGAGAAUACUCAGAAAGAUAAAAAACCUUUUAGCAAUAAACCUUUCAGACCCCCUCAGGGUCAAUCAAACAAUUUUGCUUUCAGACCCCCUCAGGGUCAAUCAAACCAUUUUACUCCUAGACCCCCUCAGGGUUACCAAAACCAAUUCGCUCCAAGACCUCCUCAAGGUCCCCAACGUAAUUUUUACAGGCCUCCUCAAGGCUCACAGAACCCGAAUAACUUUGCUCAAAGAAGCCAAUAUAAUCCAGAUUAUAGAUUCAAACAGCAACCAUCAAGCUUUAACAACAAACAGCGUAUUAAUUUUGUAGAGGACGAAAAUCAAUUAAAUGAAGGCUAUUACAACGAAGAAGAAGUAGAAGAAUGCCCCGGACCUUCUGUCCCGGAAGAACAAGGUUGUGACGAAUAUUAUAAUUAUGAUUAUGAUGAACAAACUAACAACGAUAAUUUAAACGAGUAA